AGGAAGAGUCACAGAUGAUUAUGACAAGCACUUACUGAACACUUAUGCUAAACUUUGGUUUGGUGAGCACAUGUUCCAGCAAAACUUUAGAUUCUGUAAUUGUGAUUUGUGAAGUGUUUCUAAUCCCAGUGUUCAAGACAGUCCAGGAUUACAUCAGUUACAUUGAUUCCCUUCCCAUGGUCAUCACUCCUGAAGUUUUUGGAAUGCAUCCUAAUGCUGACAUCACUUAUCAGAGCAGUACAGCUAAGAGUUGUCUUGAUACAAUAAUGGAGAUACAACCAAAGGACAGCAGCAGUGGAGGAGGAGAGACCAGGGAAUCAAUAGUGAGGAGACAAGCUGGAGAAAUGUUGGACAAACUACCAGGAGACUAUAUACCUCAUGAAGUAAGGAGUAGUGCAUCACAUGUACCUUAAC